GUUUUUCAGGCCAAGAAGAUUGAGAGAAGAAGAAAUUGAGAAAGAUUGCCUCAGCUUGAGUAGAGUAUCAAUGAACCAAGAAAAUUUGAAGCAUCUUCCCUGAAGAAAACCUGGGUAUACAGUAACUUCACAGACUUAGCUGAGAGUUUUUACCCAAAUUGGUCACUCGACUCUGCUGCCUGAUACUUGAACCUGUUUGGAAUUUUUCUCAUGUGGAUCUAAGGGGAAUGCUUUAUUAUGGCUGCUGUUGUCCAACAGAACGACCUAGUAUUUGACUUUGCUAGUAACGUCAUGGAGGAUGACCAACAGCUUGGUGAUCCAGCUAUUUUUCCUGCGGUUAUUGUGGAACAUGUUCCUGGUGCUGAUAUUCUCAAUAGUUAUACUCAUCUAGCCUGUGUGGAAGAGCCCAAUGACAUGAUUACUGAGAGCUCACUGGAUGUUGCUGAAGAAGAAAUCAUAGAUGACGAUGAUGAUGACAUCACCCUUACAGUUGAAGCUUCUUGUCAUGGUGGAGAUGAGACAAUUGAAACUAUUGAGGCUGCUGAGGCACUCCUCAAUAUGGAUUCUCCUGGCCCUAUGCUGGAUGAGAAACGAAGGAGAAAAACUAAACCACCACGACCAGAUUCCCCAGCCGCUACGCCAAAUAUAUCUGUAAAGAAGAAAAACAAAGACGGGAAGGGAAACACAAUUUAUCUUUGGGAAUUUUUACUGGCACUGCUCCAGGACAAAGCUACCUGUCCUAAAUACAUCAAAUGGACCCAGCGGGAGAAAGGCAUUUUUAAAUUGGUAGAUUCUAAAGCAGUGUCCAGGUUGUGGGGGAAGCACAAAAACAAACCUGAUAUGAAUUAUGAGACCAUGGGACGAGCACUCAGGUACUAUUACCAAAGGGGUAUUCUGGCGAAAGUGGAAGGUCAGCGCCUGGUGUAUCAGUUUAAAGAAAUGCCAAAAGAUCUCAUAUAUAUAGAUGAUGAGGAUCCAAGUUCCAGUGUAGAAUCUUCAGAUCCAUCACUAUCCUCAACAACCACUUCAAGCAGGAACCAAGCAAGCAGGUCAAGAGUACCUUCGGGUCCAGGGAUAAAAGGAGGAGCCACUACAGUUCUAAAACCAGGGAAUUCUAAAGCGACAAAAUCCAAAGAUCCUGUGGAAGUUACACAGCCAUCAGAAGUUUUGAGGACAGUGCAGCCCUCACAGCCUCCAUAUCCUACCCAGCUCUUCCGGACUGUUCAUGUAGUACAGCCAGUACAAGCUGUCCCUGAAGGAGAAGCACCCAUAACCAGUAGCAUGCAGGAUGAAACAUUAAAUUCUUCUGUUCAGAGUAUUAGGACUAUACAGGCUCCAGCCCAAGUUCCAGUGGUCGUGUCUCCUGGGAAUCAGCAGUUGCAUACAGUAACACUCCAGACGGUGCCACUCACAACGGUUAUAGCCAGCACAGAUCCAUCAGCAGGUGCUGGAUCUCAGAAAUUUAUUUUGCAAGCCAUUCCAUCAUCACAGCCCAUGACAGUACUGAAAGAAAAUGUCAUGCUACAGUCACAGAAGCCAGGCUCUCCUCCUUCAAUUGUCUUUAGCCCUGCCCACGUACAGCAGGUUCUUACUAGCAACGUUCAGUCCAUUUGCAAUGGAACCGUCAGUGUGGCUUCAUCUCCAUCCUUCAGUGCUACUACACCCGUCGUGACCUUUUCUCCUCGCAGUUCACAACUGGUUGCUCACCCACCUGGCACUGUGAUCACUUCAGUUAUCAAAGCUCAAGAAACAAAAACUCUUAUACAGGAAAUAGAGAAAAAGGAGGUUGAAGAUCAUUUGAAAGAAGACACUGAGAAAACUGAGCAACAGCCACAGCCUUAUGUGAUGGUGGUGUCCAGUUCCAAUGGAUUUCCUUCUCAGGUAGCUGUGAAACAAAAUGAACUGCUGGAACCCAACUCUUUUUAGUUAAUAUACCAAAAGUUAUGAACAAUAGUUUGCCUAACUAUCUGGUUGAUUCUAAGAUGAAUUCUACAGAGGUUCCUAAUUUUUGUAAUUGUUAAAAAAAAUUUAGAGUUAAUUCUGACUUUGUUAGGUGAGGGAGGAAAACUCAAGUGUUGCUCUUUGUUCUCUAAAUGUUUCAGAAUUCAAUUGUGAAGGAACAGGCAUUUUAUACUAUGAAGACAUUCUUUUGAGAUUAUUUUUCAGUUGCUAUAUCAUAAGCAUUUUUAAAAUUUCUUUCCUAAUUUUACAUUGUAUUAGCUUUUCCGAUUCUUUUGUAAAUACAAUCCUUAAGGCAGCAGGAAGUUUAUAUAGGAACUAUUUUCAUUCCAUUUGUAUAAGUUAAGUCUUGACUCUUUCAAAUGUAAGAAACCUAUUUUAUGCAUAAUUAAAAUUACGAUGUCACUUAGGUUGACUUUAGUUGGUUGCACUGUAUAAUGAACUAUGAAUAUGUAAAGUAACAUUAAAAAUUGAAAUAUGCUCAUGAUAUGGCUGACCCUGUUUCAGAAACAGGAUAGUAUAAAAGCAUCAGCCUAAGAGUGGCACUCUGACUAACUAGGGCAAACCAUCCCUUCUCAUUAAAGGAAGGGAUGCAUUGGACUAGACUAGAUGAUCUCCAAAUUCCCUUCUAGUUCUAAAUUUUUUAUUCUAACACCUAUAUUUUAAAGUUAUGUCGGUUAAACAUUAAACAUUAUCAGGUUAUUUCCUAAUGUAAGAAUAGCUAAAAUAUUGCGGAAAAAAUGUGACCCCACAAAAUUCAUUCUCCUGUUAUCUACCAUAAGAUAAGUAAGAUAUACCAUAAAUUCUUCCUAAAUAGUUUGUUCAUUAACUCUUUAGAUCACUAUGCAUUGUGGUCUAUUAGUAAACUUAGAUUGCUGAGUGCUGAAUAAUAUAUUGCUAUUCUAAGAGAGUCAAGGCUCUUUCUUAAGGGCCAAGAAAGCAACUCGAGCCUUGGGCUAAUCUGUCUGAGUAUUCAGUUGUUAUAAAGGUAAAAUUGCUUUAUAUUUUCAAUACUUUAUUAUUGGGGGUAAUGGGGACAAUUGCAUACAAAGAUAACAUAUAUAUCCAUCUGAAAUGGUUUUUAGAUUACUUUUCCAACUGUAAAUAAUGUACAUUUAAUGUCACAAGAAAAAUUGUUUUCUGCAAAUUUUCUAGUAUAGCAAAGAGAAAUUUUUGUAGAUGAAAAAAAUCAUUAUGUUUAGAGGUCUAAUGUUAUAUGUUUUCAUAUUACAGAGUGAAUUUGUAUUUAAACAAAAAUUUAAAUUUUGGAAUCCUCUAAACAUUUUUGUAUCUUUAAUUGGUUUAUUAUUAAAUAAAUCAUGUAAAA